CGAAAAGAAAGCUGAGACAGCAAUGAAGGUUUCAAGUCCCCGUACAAAUGGAAUCGGUUUUCUUCUUAACCGAUGCUACUCCACCCACCACCACCACCACCGCCACCACAACCUCCACCGUAACCUCUACCGUUUCCGCAUUUCCUACUUCUUUAUCAUCAUCGUCACCAUCUCCAUCCUCUCGUUCUCUGAUUCUCUCCCGCGCCUUCUCGUGAUCUCCAUCCUCGCCUCUCUAUCCGUCGGAUUGAUCUCCGAAUCUGUCCUUAGUAAGGUACCGAUUCCGUUUCUCUUUCUAAUCCUGUUUGGUUGCCUGGAAAAGGCAGGAAAGGGAGAGAGAUAAAAUGAAGAUGUCAAUCUUAUGUUCUAUCUAAGCCGUGUAGUUGAAAUAACGCGUUCGCUCGGUUGAAACUUGAAAGCUUGAAAUCUUUUAUUUUUUUAUAGUGUUUGGUUUGUAAUUUAGUUACUUAAGCUGGAGAUUUCCUAGACGUUGUCUCUUUUAUUGGCCGAAAUUUUCGCCAGAUUAGACUUAAUUGUUCAUGGGAUCACGGAGGACGAGGAUCUUCAUGUUCUGUUAAUGCUUUUGAUCUUUCAUGUUUUUUUAGCGUGAAUGAUGGUUAGGAUUUGAUUCAAGAAAUAUUCGGUAGCUUGCGGUUUGCAAGUUUCUCUUUCGGUUUUGUUGAAAUUGGAAUGUUAGGUUCUGUGUUGCUUUCUUCAAGCCCUUUGCUUGGAGUUGUUUGGUCAUUAUAUUCCAGGCUACCGUUCUGUUACAUCUGCCGGAUCAGACCUGCGUUUAAUCGAUUCGCAGUGCCCUCCUGGUAAACAAGAGAGGAUGUUUGGUUUUGUUUUAUAGGUCUUUCUUGUCAUAUGUUCGUUUUUUGGUGAAGGGAUUAGAGUCCUGUUUUUAGCUCUCUUCCUUGCACUCAAUCACUCCUUCAACACACAAGCGCACACACAGAUACAUGAUAUGCAUACUGUUCUGUCUCUGGACUCUUUACGAAGAGCCUGUUCCAAGAUCAGGAAAAAGAGGAGUGGGUUUGGCUGGAUAGCAGAACGGCCUCUGCAGAACUUCUAUUGCACGACUUUUCAACACAACCAAAACAUGAAUAUGUUUGGAGGUGAUGGCAGCAAUCCUGUGUUUCCCGUUUUCCUGGAGGAAAAUCGGCUGCAGUAUGAUGCUAAUGCAUUGCCUCAGCUGCAGUUAUUUGGAGAUUUCCCAGUUGGGUGUAGUGUCAAUCCCUUGAACUACAUGGGAAAUGAACACACGGGUGCCAUGAACCGGCCAAUCAAAAGAGGCAGGGAGGCAGAAUCUGUCUCCCGGCAGCCAAAGUUCCACAUAUCUCUGAAUAAUAACCUUUGUCAAGAUGAAGCUGGUCAUUCUGGGAGCAUUAUGAAUCCAAAUGCUGUAUCAACCGGCCUAAGGCUUUCAUAUGAGGAAGAUGAACACAAUUCUUCCGUUACCACUGCAAGUGAAAGCAUGACAGCUGCUCUCCCAGUUAUUCUGUCCCUUGGAGAUAAUCUUAAGACUGAGAUUGAUAGGCAGAAAGAAGAACUGGAUAAUUAUAUUCAAAUUCAGGAAGAAAACAUCAUGAAGGGUGUAAGGGAACUGAAGCAGAGACACACACUUUCAUUCCUGAGUGCCAUAGAAAAGGGAGUCAGCAGGAAGAUACGGGAGAAAGAACUGGAAUUAGAGAACAUGAACCGCAAGAACAAGGAACUAACUGAGAGGGUAAAGCAGGUCACCGUGGAAGCUCAGUCAUGGCAGUACCGAGCAAAGUAUAACGAGUCACUUGUUAAUGUCUUGCAGACCAAUCUCAAGCAAGUGAUUGCACAAGGCGCUGCGCAAGUAAAGGAAGGCUGUGGGGACAGUGAAGUAGAUGAUGCAGUCUCGUACAGUAACGCAAACAAUCAGGCCAAUUUGGGUGCUUCUGGGAAUUCUCUCUGCAUGAAGGCACAAAUGUAUUGCAGAGCUUGUAAGGGGAAGGAGGUCAGUGUGUUGUUAUUGCCUUGUAGACACUUGUGCCUGUGUAAGGAUUGUGAAGGGUUCAUUGACAUCUGCCCUGUCUGUAGGGUUGUGAAGACUGCAAGUGUUCAAGUAUACAUGUCUUAAUGCAGUGAUUAUGUUGAGGCAUGUAUGUUUUAAACACUUUCAAUCACCAUUACCUCCUGAUGGAGCAACGGAACAAAGUACAUAUAAAUUAAAUUGUCACGGUUUCUGGGAUUA